AUAAACCCUCAAGCGAUGGUUAAGCUAAUGCUGAAUAUUGUGGUUAUAGGCCUUCUGCUGAGUAUGGCAUUAGCCUUGAGCACACGCGAUGCUGCCGAACGAUUGCGGAAUUGUAUGAAGCCCCGUGCGUAUGGCUACUGCCGUGGAUCGGAGAGCCGAUGGUUUUACAACUCCACUGACAACAAUUGCAAUUCGUUCAUCUACAGCGGCUGUGGUGGGAAUAUUAAUAGAUUCACAAGUCGAUCCGAAUGCCAUGACUAUUGCAUGCACCCGGAUAUACCCUAUGAUAGAAAAUGAACCAUUGAGGGAUAAUAACUAUUGAAGAAAUCUUUAAUUAAUCAGUUUUAGAAGCCAUCAAGCAUUAGUCUCCACAUGGAUAGAUGGAACACUAUGGAGUUUGCAAAAGUAUAUACCCCUUAGCCACCUGCUAAUAAACAAAUUUAAUAUAAAUAUUAUCGAAAUGCAUACUACCA